AUGGCAGAUUCACUCGAUGAACACAUGGUGGAAAACUACACCGCUGACGCAGAGAACUUACUACUGACAACUGAGUUUGACUAUGAUGAUGCCGUCCCAUGCACAAGGAUCGAGGAAAGGAAUUUUGCAGCAAAAUUUUUGCCACCACUUUACUCCUUGGUGGUGAUAUUUGGCCUCCUGGGCAACAUGCUUGUUGUCCUUAUUCUGGUGAAAUACAAGCGACUGAAGAGUAUGACUGACAUCUACCUGCUCAAUUUGGCCAUUUCUGAUCUGCUCUUUAUAUUUUCCCUCCCGUUUUGGGCUUACUACGCUGCCCAAGAGUGGAUUUUUGGCGAUGCGCUCUGCAGGAUUCUCUCAGGCGCCUACCUCCUCGGCUUCUACAGCGGCAUCUUUUUCAUAAUCCUCCUGACCAUAGACAGGUACCUGGCCAUAGUGCAUGCAGUGUUUGCUCUGAAAGCCAGAACAGUCACCUAUGGCAUCCUCGCCAGCACUGUCACUUGGGUUGUUGCUCUUUUAGUCUCCCUCCCUGGAGUCUUCUUUCACAAAAGUCAAAAGGAAAAUUCACGUUUUACUUGCAGCCCUCAUUAUCCAUCAGACCAGAGAAAUGCAUGGAAGCAGUUCUUGACUUUAAAGAUGAACAUCCUGGGGCUUAUUCUUCCCAUGCUCAUUAUGAUCUGCAGUUACACACAAAUUAUAAAGACAUUACUGCAAUGCAGGAAUGAGAAAAAACACAAAGCAGUCAGGCUUAUUUUUAUCAUCAUGAUUGUCUACUUUUUAUUCUGGGCACCAUACAACAUCAGCAUUCUCUUGCGUGAUUUUCAAGUAUCAUUAUCCCUCAAUACUUGCGAAAUCAGUGGUCAACUGGAGAAAGCAAUCCAAGUGACAGAAACCAUUUCAAUGAUCCACUGUUGUAUCAACCCAGUGAUCUAUGCCUUUGCCGGAGAAAAGUUCAGGAAGUAUCUUCGGUGCUUUUUCCGAAAGCACAUUGCAUCCCACCUCUGCAAAUAUUGCCCAGUUUUCUAUGCUGACCCAGCUGAACGGGCUAGCUCCACUUACACACAGUCUACGGGAGAGCAAGAGGUCUCUGCUGCACUGUAAACUGCCUCUAGUGAAAAAAGU